GCUGAUGCUGUCACCGUCUAUGACCAGUUCCCUUUAUCAGCGUCAGCAGCGAGUAGCACUGUAGGGGAUAGUAUCCCUGCUGCCAUGUACACUGCGGCAGCAGCUUACGAUCCUACUGUUCUUAACCCUCCACCUAUACCUGACCCUCCACCGUCUACUCAGUUUGAGUUACAGCUCCAUAAUGAUGCCGGUGACGUACAGGGACUCUCUUUCCCUAUGAGUGGUGCCUUGCUGGGGUUCUGCAUCGAGAUGUCUGUGGCCGACCAAGUUCGUGACACACAUCUGCAAGUGCCAUUCUUGAACCUGAUGGCGCUCAUAACUGAAUGCGCAGGCCGCGUUCACGUUCGUGUAGGAGGCAACUUCCAGGAGAAUGCAACGCUCAUCUCAGAUCUUUCAAAUGGCAAAUCGAUCGCAAAACAGAGUGUGGAUGGAGGCAACCCCAUACACGGAUACACCGGCCCUUUUAUAUACCCUGAGAUCCUCUAUAUGCUCUCAAACAUCUCAGGCCUUGUCAAUACGAAGUGGUAUCUCGGCAUGCCACUGAAUGAUAGCUCCAACCUUCAUCUUGCCAUCGCAGAAUACGGUGAGCGUAUUUUGGGCGACAACCUCAUAGGACUGCAGAUUGGCAAUGAGCUCGAUCUCUAUGCCCGCCACGGCCACCGCCCGGCUACCUAUAGUCCAUACGACUACUUCGGCGAGUUUGGACAGGUCAUUCAGGCGAUGCAAGCAGAUGCCAAUACGCCGGUCACCAACAACCUGCUGUCUCCGAGCAUAGCUACUGGAGACUGGACCCCGGAGGGUAUGGCAGCCGCUGUUCGCGUUUUCUCACCUCUGCAACGACUGAUACGUGCAUGUCAGAUCUAUCCAAAUGACAACUGUGCCGCACUAUAUCCAGGUUUCGGUCCCCCUCAAGACUCUCAGUCGGUCUUCCCGAGCUACCUCACUCAUGCCUCUUGCAAGAGCAUCAUCGCACCAUAUCUGAACUCAUCUGCGAUCGCGCUUGCUGCGGGCAAGCCGUUCAUAAUGUUCGAGAUGAACACCGCAUCGUGCGGAGGAUUUCCCAGAAUUAGCGACAGUUUCGGCGCGGCUCUGUGGGUGGUGGACUACGUGCUGCAGAUGGGUGCGAGUGAUUUCUCGCACACGUUGUUGCACGUGGGUGGACAGGACGUGUACUACAACCCAUUCACCCCGCCACUAACCAACCAGUCCAAGAUCCACCAAUGGACCAUCGGCCCCAUCUUCUAUUCCGUUCUCGCGGUCGCCGAGA